UCUGCUCCAAAUGUUUUCCAUAUUAGUUCAGAGUCCUUUCUGAUUCCGAAAAGCAGGGAUCGCGUAGGGAGCGAAGCCUCCAGUGAGGAGGGAGGGGAAGGGCAGGGCAAGGGAACAGUCCAGCUAAAGAAAGCAAAAGAAACGGCAGGCGAGAAAGAAAAGGAAGGAUAAACAGACAGAGGGCGAGUGCAAGAACGUCCAGUCGGCCUCAAAGAUAGAUUAAGAAUCUCAGCACGAGGCGGGAGGAAUUAUGGGGUCGGGGACGAGUCCGAUGGGGUCGGCUGGAGGAGGCAGCGCAAACGCAAGCAAGGAGAAGAAGGGACGAGCAGAAACUGGAGGCCCAGUGCUGGAGGAAGCCCAAAAAUGUUGUGGCUGCCGCUUUCCUUUGCUGGUCGCUCUGUUACAGCUAUUGCUGGGCAUCGCAGUAGCUGCUGUGGCCUUCCUCAUGGUUGCCAUUAGCUCCUCUCUGCUGGCCAGGGAGACGCCCCAUUGGGCCGGCAUCAUUAUGAUUGUGGUGUCUCUGCUGGGAUUCAUCCUCUUCUGCAUCACCAGAGUGCCUGAUGAGAGAGCGUCGGCUCAAUUUAUUGUAAAGCUCCUGUACUUCUUCCUGUGCACGAUGGGGCUGGUCAUUUCCGCAGUGGUUAUCACCUUCCAGUGCUACCAUUAUGCCCUGACUUACAGCUACAGCUGCAAGGAAAUGGGGGAGCAUUGUAUGUGCACCCUGGACCCUGAGGAUCCCAUCGCCCGUACUUUCUCCUACAGCGGUGUGACAGACUGCAGUGCCAUCGUAAGCACUCUACCCAUGUACUACCUUCUGCAGAUGGUGCUGAACCUGGCUCAGGCUAUCGUCUGCCUGGUGGGGGCCUUCCUCAUAUGGAAGCACAGGUACCAGGUGUUUUUCGCUGGGCUACAGACAGGAUCUCCUUCUGUCCAGAGUUGGCAGAAAGUUUAGGGCACUAAGAGAUUUCUCUGGAGAAGUAAACUUGUGGAGCGUGGGAGUGUUUGUGCCUUUAGUGAAGAAACUGUUGCUGCAAUAUCUGCCCCAAUGGGAGUUUUAUGCCAUGUGACCUUUUAUCAUAGCAGCCGAAUGAGUCUGCGUUUGUAUUGCCAUAUUAUAAUAUUUUGGAAAGUUUUAUGCAACCUUUAGCAUUAUUGUAUUUUUCUACAUUGGCUGUUUGAAAAUUUUCACUUGUUGAAGUUAACUUUUUACUUUUACCACUGAGUAUUUUUAUCUAUAAAACCAGUAGGUGACGCAAAAUGAGACCUGACAUUUUAGGCAUUACAUUUUGCGUAGUCAAAAAAAAAAAAAAAACACCUUAAAAUGCAAUUAUUCACAAAUUGACUUUUUUCUGACUUCAGGUGCAUUCAUUGUUCCUGAGACAAAAUUCCUUGUUGUUCAAUUAAUGUUGGGAUUAUUAAAAUAUUUUACAAUUAUGCAAAAUAUAAUGUAUUAAAUUUGAUUUCAUAUUUUCAUUUGUAUUUUUUUAUUAUGCGAAACAGUAUAUAUUAUAUGCAUAAUUUUAAGAAAUUAAAAUAUAGUAAAAUAAAGUAAAAUAUUGGUUUCUAACUGUAAGACUUACAAAUCUGAUUUUAUUUAUAAUUUCUAGUCUAUUAAUAAGCCAUACUAAACACUCAUGAGAAUAUACACAGGAGCAACACUCUUUAACAUUUCUUAGAUGAAACAUGAUUUCUAAAAUAUAACAUAUCAGAUAAUAGAAUACAUUACUGCUUUACCUGAAGAACUGUCUAGACUAGAGCACUUAAAAUCAAAAGCACUGUGUACACAGCAGUCAGAAAUAAUAGGUGUGUGCAGUGACGAAGCUGGACGGGCUUAUGGACUGAAGUCACAGUUCAUACAGCCAGUGAACAGCAGUCAGUCAAGGACUGGGGGGAUUCGAAGGGGUACUCUGACAAACAGCAGGUCACUGCUUCCAGAUUCAUGCAAUGCAAGGGUCUUUAUGCAAGGUUAAAUUGCCUUUAACCUUUUUUUAUAUAUAUAUACAUAUAGGUCUAUUGCAUAUUUUAAAUUUGUGGCGAGGUGAAAAUUGAGCGAAUGUAAAGCCUGACAAUCAAUCCAAAAAGCUCUGUUUGUUAUCAUUAAGUCCUUGUCAAUGAAGUUUGUAAACCAAAUUAAAACAACUGAGUGAUUUGAACACUGCCAACAGGAAGAGAGCUGCCUGAGGUGUUAAAAGAGUCUGUUGCUUUAAAGAGACCUUCAGUCUGGUGUUUGGAAGAGAUGCAACAUGAUGCUUCAGCACAGGAAAAAAAAAAAACACCCAUAAAUGUAAGCUUUGUAUGACUCAUCUUUCCUUUGAGUUGAUUUCUAAUAAAAGGCAUUUACAUAA